UUUCCAAGGCAACCACCACCAAACCUCCAACCCAAUACAGCCUUCUCUUUUUGCUAUCCCAUGUUUAGAAAUUAAAGAGCUGUAGAUCAGCCAGGCCAUGGCUGCUACUGAAGAAUUCAGCUUCCCUACCACCACUGACUUGUACCCUUUUGGUAUUGAUUCACCGCCGUUGUGGCGUCUGUCUCCUGCAGCAUCUCCUGAUGUUUUUCUUGACAGAAAAGCUACAACAGAGAAAGAAGCAGAAGAUGAAAAAGAUACCUUCGCAGAUAGACCAGAUGAGCAUCAGGAAAGAAAGAGCUUUCCAUAUGUAGAGGAAGGUUCAAAGCUGUCCAAGAAAGUGGUUGCCGAAGAUGAAGAGGAAAAGAUGGACCUGUUGUGGGAAGAUUUCAAUGAAGAGUUGUCAAGAAGUCGCAGUUCAAGGUCUUCAGGAGACAUGGUAGUAUUGGGAUGUUCCCAGUCCUUGAAAUUGUCCAAAAACAAUACUGCCAGGUUUUCUCCAAGAAGACCAGGCAUGUUGGUUUUCAUGAGGCUAUUCAUGAGAAAGCUUUUCUUGCUACAUAAUUCUCAACGGUCAGUUAAACAUCGCACAUGGCAAACCCCAUAGCUUAAUCCUACAAAUUAAUUCCAUGUUUGAUUGUUUUGUUGCUGACGAAUUAAGGGCUCCGAUCCGGGUUCAUUUCUAAAUGAAUUGUAGCAAAAAUGAUGGAAAGUAUGCAUAUAGUUUUAGCUUUGGGAUCGAAUCUGCUGGUUUUGGAGUUCCAAGCUCCUCAAAAUACUCUGUAUGGGAGAAAGCAAUAUAAUGGGUAUAGAAAGAACAAAUUGCUGUCAAAUAUGAAGAUUCUAACUCCACUCCAAUGUUGGAACUUGGAAAUGUAUGAUGAACAAUGCCUAUAUUUUGAAAUACAGAAAAAAUGUAAUACAUAUUUAUGAAUUAUGUAUAUUAACAUUCAAUCUUUGUGUUAUGAAUACUGCCAUGUAAA